AUAGAACACGACAAUGAGCAACAGUAGUGUGGCCAAUACGUCGCUCGUGCAGGAACCCGUGAUCGACACGGUCGCGCCAGCGGUGUCUCCUGCAGCGGUGGCUUCCACACCGUCAAGCGAGCAAUGGCGGGUGUUUCUGGGCCUUGCUCUGCUCGCGGCGUCCUACGUGCUUCGCGUGGAGGUCGUGCGAUUCUCCCUUCGCGUGGCCCGCCGAAUUCUUCCAGCGCUCUUCGUCUGGCUUCGGGAGUUCGAGAAGAUGCUACUGCGGCCUCUAUCUUGGGUAGUUUUCGUUCUACUGGCCUGGUUCUCGGCCUUCGUGAUGGACCUGGAGAAUCUACUGGACAUGGAAGCGGGUUCUCUUCAAGGUAUCAUCACUCUACUUCUAGGGCCUCCGCUGGUAUGGGUCGUCAUUUGCUUCUGUAACUACGUCACGUGGGGUAUCGUCCGCGUGCAAGGCUGGAGUCGAACAGUAUCAAAAGACGAUGAUGAUUACAGCAGAGUCAUGAUCAUUACCGAGGGCAUUGGGGUUAUUAAAGUUUUACUGGUGGCUGCGGUGGUGUCUACGUGUAUUAUUGACGAGAUCGGACGGUUCACGGACUUCGAGUCGGGACAGGUGUCCACAGUAGCUGUGAUCAUGGUGGAGUUCGUAUUUGUAUUCGGUGCUCACUCGUGGUUGAAAAAUAUUAUGGGCGGGUUAAUGACGCUGCAAGACGAGCAGAUCAAGAACGGCCUUCAUGUGUCUUUCCAAGGCCAUGAAGGAGUGGUGGAGCGAUUAUUUCUGCAGGGGUUUUCACUGCGUCAAUACGACAAGGGGUUGGCCUACAUUCCAAAUAGUAUUAUGCUGGAGAACUCGGUGACAGUGCAAAGCAAGAGUCUUGAUAGACGUUGCGUCAUUCCAGUGCAUCUGAGUCACUCGACACCGUCGACAGCGCUGCGAAUUUUCAUCCAGGAACUGGAUAAUUUCCUGACGCAGCACAUGCUUGAUCGUCGAACGAAUACGAAGGGCGACGUGCUGGGACUCGAGAAGCCAAAAGGUGGUUGGGAUAUGAUGAACGUUUACGAGCACAGCAAGCAACUUACGAUCGAAGAAACGCAGUCGCCAGGUCGCUUCUGGAUCAGCAUUGAGGCGCCAUAUCUUGUCCAUGUUGUCUAUUACUCUCAAGAGCGGCACAUAAAGGGGCUUCUGGCUGAGAAAACCGAGGUUCGUUGUCUUUGCGGUGGCUUCUCAAUACGAUAAAGACUUACGUUGCUUUUGGUUAGAUCGUGCUUCAGAUUACGGAGCUGGUGACUAAACUCAAGCUGAGUUUGUUCGGAGAAGAAGGCAACACUGGUCCGCGUGCUUCAAUUCCUCCGUCUACCGUAGGAACUGAAGUACCUGACUUAACCGAGCGACACUCAAGUUAUAGCUCUGCGCCACUACCAGAGCUGGUGAGGAUUCGUCAACGAGGGCGAGCAACGCAAGCCAGUGAACCAAUCGGGCGGCGAGUCUUCAGUGAGCGCAAUAUGUUACGACAGCGGCGACCCCACGGUGACCGUGCCGACCUUGUAUAAAUUAGCACUAAUGUUAUAAUCCGCGGCCUGUUGGCAACGCAUUGACUCCAAGCCGCUGGAUUGUGUCGAUGAUGGCGAGAUUCACCUAGGAACGAAGAAUAAGUGAUAAUUCCUGGUAUGUUUGCAGUCAAGAACACUAACUCACCUCCGUUUUAGCAGCUUCAAGUGAGUUGAAGCGUUCACGAUCCAUUAGGACAAUCACUUUGACCGUGAACAUUGCGUGGAGCUCAACACGCACGGGUGGUGGUGGCGGUGCAAUCGGUCGGCCAGUCGCAUCGAACGCACUGGAGGUCGCACUUGACCGACCACGCGUACGUGGCGUGCCGGUGUUAGCGUCACUGGUUGCAGUUGAUCGCUGCCGGUCACCCAAAAUGCUGUCGCCGCUCUCUGCACUGGUGUUGCUGCUCGCACUGCUGGACCUAUGAAAAGCCUCACAUCGAUCUCUUCGUAGCGCUGAAAGAGCUUCAGUUGUCAGCGCAUACGCUGGCAAGACAGCCUGCAACUCCUGCACAAGUUCCUUCAUCUUUUGAGCAGGUGUAGUUGGGUGUAGACGCAGCAUGAGAGAGUGCGUAUGCGCCUCGAGAGCGUUGCCACUGGUCUGGUAACUGUCAGCGAAGAUGCCAUUCGGCACAAAUAUCCGCGAUCCGUCAGUUCGUCGCAUAAUCGUCCUUGCAAGCGAUACCCGCUCGAUAAAGCCCAACAUUCGUCGCACUUUGACCUCACUGCCAGUCCGGAAAGGCUCUGCAAAGAUGAGGAACAAUCCUGUUGCUACAUUUUUCAGCUGAUAAUAACAGGAUGAACACAUUGCUUCAUUAGUUCCACUAACCAUUCAAGGACAUGUGUGAGAUUGUACUCACCACGGUGAAGCCUGAGAGAACAGCGACUAGUUCAACGCUCAGAAACCCCACGACGAGCACGUAGCGCAUGAACGAGUUGGAUAGGAAGAAAAUGUAAAAAAUCUCGAUCAGGAUGAAGACAACGCACACGAACUUGAUGGAUUCGGUGAUGACGAAGAUCCGUGCGUCGUAGUUCGACGAGCUGCGGUCCCAUUUGAAGUACCGGACAAAGAGCUAUACACGAAUGUAAGUGAGAAUCGGCGUAUAUCACUGGUUCUAAACUUUUGCAUUCGCGUACAUUGGUGACGACUUUACGCAUAGCGAAGGUACCGAGCACGAGCGGGAUUGCUACGAGGUAGCUUAGGUACUGCAUCACCUCGUCCUUCUCGCUUCCAAGGUCCAGAAUGUACCGGGCGAUCACAUCGCGCACCAGUAUCAGGAACAAGAACCACCAUAGAUAUGUCAGCAUGUAGUGCUGUACGUCCGCGAUCCAUCUAGACGAUAAUAAUGUGUAUUAGAAAAACUCAAUUUGAC